AUGCAAGUCAGGUUAUCGCUUUCUAAAGAAGAAGCAGAACCAGCUAUUGAAAGGAAUCAGGUGGCCCUUGAAACCCAGCUAUGGAAGAAGUUAUGGAUGCUGGACAUUCCGAACAAAGUCAAGAACCACGUAUGGAGAACAUGCCGUGACUACUUGCCUACAAAACAAAACCUGAUGCAGCGCACUAUCAUCACAAACCCCCUGUGUGAUCGGUGCAAACAGCUCCCUGAGACAAUGCUACAUGCAGUGUGGGCGUGUCCCAAACUAGAUGAGGCAGCAGACAUGGAGGCUAUUGCUGCAAACAGAGCACUGGAGUUUGCAAGGGAAAUUGGAAUUAACGAGGCUAUUUUGGAAGGAGACUCUAGCCUUGUCCAUCAAGCUUUAAAAAGGGGUGAACAUUCUUUAUCUCCAUUUGGGUUGUUGGUGGAGGAUAUUAAACUUUCUUUAGCUAGUUUUAGUACAUUACUUUACUCUCAUACAAAGAGAGAAGGUAACAAGGUAGCUCAUGGAUUAGCUAGACACGCGAUUCAUAUUUUAGAUUAUGUAGUGUGGAUGGAGUUUGUGUCUCCACUUUCUUAUGCUAUAUUUCAGGCUGAUUUAGCCAAUAUUGUUCAAUAA